AUGAAGAGUGGAGAAAAAUGGCAAAAUUGGAAAAAUAUAAAAACUACAAUAACUCAAAAUAGAAACAACAAUAAGGAAAAAGAAGUUAAAUUUUGGGAUAUUCCUGUAGGCAUGCGCGAACAAGAAUUCAAACACAUGCUUAAUCACAAAUUUGAAAAAGUAAUUUCAUGUACAAUGUCUACAAGAGGUAUGUGGUUAUCAGCAAUUGCAUAUUUUGAUGAUCCUAAUAUUUUAGAACAAAUUUUAUUUGAAUGGUCACAAAUGGUAGGAGAAGAGUCAUGCAAGGUAUCAAUUUCAAGUAUGACAUUUACAGAAUUAAAAAAUAGAGAUGCACAUACAGUUAAAUUAAUUAAUUUAUCAUCUGAUAUGUUACCACAUGAGUUACAUGUAAUCAUAACACAAAUGGAAGUAAAAACAUAUUAUUUCCCUCGAAACCUCUAUGGGAAAAAGAAAAGAAUGACAAUUAUAACAUUAGAAAGUGAAGAAGAAAAAAGGAAACUUAUAGAACAAACAUGGAAAGCAGAAGAAUAUAUAAUUAAAAUAGUGGAUAUAAAAACAAAGACAUGUCAUAGAAAGAACAUUUGGUAUUGA